UUUCCUUUGUGAAAUGUAUAUCUCUCAGAAAAUAUAUACUGAGAGUUUGCUUUAAUUUCCUAUUUAUGGAUUUAAAGUUCUCAUGACGGAUGGUGAACAGGUGAUAGUGCAACCUUAAUGACCUUCGUGUGGUCGAUAGUGUUCAAACCCAAUUAACAACACAGUCAACCAAGAGAUCCCAUUCAUUUUUAUGUGAAUUUUAGAAUAAAUCUAAAUUCGUUUUCAGAAAAAAAUCAUUAAAUUCAUUAGAACUUACAAUAGUAAAUGGAAAAUAAAUUAUUAAUGAAAUAAAUUUUACAGCAUAAUAAUAUUAUCACUUUUCGAGAAAAUUUGAUAAGACAAAUAUAAUAUCAAUGAGGCUAAAUUACAAGAAAAUAUUUCAAUAAGAAGUUAAGAUUAAAUACCACCGGAAGUAACCAGUAUGAAAAAAAAUGUAAAGCUGCACCAAAAUUUAAUAAAAAAAAGUUAAAUUUUAUAAAAAUUGGCAGAAUAAAUUUUGAAAUAUCAUCCUAAGAUGAAGGGAACAAAUUAGCGAUAAAAUCUGACUAAAUCUAAAAAUUGUUCAAUAAAAAUCUUGAUCGUAUCUUAUUGAAUUUUAAAGUAAUCUGAAUUACAAUGCCAGAGAAAGUCUCAGAUUUGAAAAAUGAAAUACGAAAUUAAAUUCCCAUGUAUGGAGGAAUUUUUUCGUAUAUGGCACACUGUCUAAUAAUAACAAGAGACCAAAAUGUAAUUCGCGCUUUUCUCAAUACAAAAAAAAAAUAAAUAUAAAACUACAAAAGAAAUAGAAUUUAACCCACAGCUAAAGGUAACAGAGGAACUAAGUGGGUGCUGAUGAAAAGUAAUCAACUAAGCGGAAGGUAAUCCCUGUACCUCCGAGACUCUUCUAUCGACCCAGCCACGAAAUAAAUUACCCACUUGCUGUAACGAGUCAUCAAGGUAAUUCCUUGAUACAUUCUUCCCCUCCUCCUCCUCCUCCUCCUCCUCCUCCUCGCUACUGCUUUAAGGGCAGUAAGGAAGGAACACAUUCUAUAGAGACAGUAAUUUCUCAACGAGUGCGACAUUUUCUCAUACCUAAGAGGUGUUUAAAGCGCUUUUUUUUUCAUCAGUGGUCAUUUUAUAUGUUCCUUUAUAGAUAGAAUUACUAAUGAUAUCCAUAUUUUGGUUUUAUUGUGUGUUGAAGCUACACGAUAUUUUUCUGUAUGGAAUGGCCAAAAUACGAUAUUUUUCUAGAAGCACUUCAUUAGAAAAAUGAAAAAACAGAAUACAAUAUCCUCAGAAUAAUCCCACUGAGAACGAGAACAGCCAUAAAAUAACUUUACGUGAAAAAUAAACAUUGUAAACAGACUAAGAAAGAGCUGAAAAUCACCUUGAAUUAAUUCCACUUGAGAUAUAUCUAUCAUAAAAGUAGUUCCAUGUGAUACAAAACCACAACGCGAGAUAGAUCUAUCAUAAAAUAAUUCCACAUGAGGUACAACAGUUAUGAACUAUUAUAUAAAAUAAUUUUACAUGAGAGAAAUCUAUCGUAAAAUAAAGCCGACGAGAGAUCGACAGAACUCCAUUACAAUAAAAAUAUAUAGCAAUGCGUUGAUGUGUUGAAGCUUACACCUAAACAAUCCAUCUUCGUGAUUGUAAAAUAAUUGUAUAUGAGUAUAGAGUAUCAAAAAUAAUCAAGACUCCAUAUCUCCACCGUGAUAUCAAGUGGCUGCCUCUUUUAUUUUUGUUAUUGUCAAGGAGGUGGAGAGCAUGCACUGCAUUUUCUGAGUUACGUGGAAGAUGUAUACAACGGAGGUGUCGGCAGGCAGAUAUUUAGCACUGCCGGGUGUAGGAAUUUAGAGAUGUUUUUCCAAUUUGCAUAGAGAAGCACUCUCUUCAUCAUGGCUAAGGAACUGAACACUGUUUAUCAUGAGAGACUAAACGCCUUAAAAUUUCUUCUCUCCAUUUCUUCCACUGUCUCCAGUUUAAAAACUACUUCUGUAACUGAGCAAUAAAGUCCGUUGCACAGGUGAAACAUUUCAGCCUUAAUGAUACCCAAGUGUUGCACUUGUGUUGUUAAUGUUAGUCAAAGGUUUUUGAGUCAAGGAAUUGGUGUUAUGUAAUAAAGUUGGUUGAAUUAACGACAAUAUGUAAAGUAAAAGGACACAAGUGCAACUAAUGUGACAUUUUAUUGUGGCAACAUUUCGCUCUCCAGGAGCUUUGUCAAGCCGUAACGGCUUGACAAAGCUCCUGGAGAGCGAAACGCUGCCACAAUAAAAUGUCACAUUAGUUGCACUUGUGUCCUUUUACUUUACAAUUGGUGAUAUGCUUCUUUUUCUCGGAUCAGUCCUUAUGAUCUCCCAGACACGGUAUAAUCCAUAUGAAUUUAGAGCUUCCCAUGAAUAUAGUAAUAUAAUAAUGAAGGAGAACUGUAGUAGAUCUAAUGGUCUUUCAGUCAGUCAUUCUUGUACAGAGAAAGUGAAUUUUUUUUCUGGAUUUUUGUGGAAGAUGGCUAAUGUAAUUCCAGUCUUAAAAUCAAGAACAAAGUUUAUACUAUCAAAUUACUGCACAAGAAGCCAGAUCUUAAUAGUAGGUAAAUUAUUAUAAUAAAUAAUAGCCUGUAUAAACAAAAGCCACCUUAAUGAAGAUAAUUUAAUAGUUAAAUACGGGGCCAAUCUUGCCUUACCAAUUUACUGACCUUCAGUAAAUUGUUUGAGGCAGUAGAUCAUGAUAAAGAAUACAAUGUUAUUUAUUUUAAUUUCCUUGAAGUGUUUUUAUAGAAUCACUCACAGAACUUUUACAGAAAGUGGCAGCACAUGGUAUUGGAGGGAAACAUCUCAAGGAUCGAGGCAUAGUUGACUAGUAGAAAGCAAAGAGUUUGUAUUAGUGGGAUAAAAUCCUAAUGAGACAUAUUUCAAAAGGCAUUCCACAAGGAUAAGUUUUGGGCUCUUGCUGCUAGUAAUUUACGAUAAUGACCUUGACGAGAGUAUAAAAAGCAACAUGAAUAAAUCAGCUAAUGCCACAUAAUACGCAGAAUAAUGCAUUGGAAGAAUGAUACUAAGCCUUGCCUGCCAUGGGUUCGAGCCCCACCAGUUCUGUGAUUAGAAUUUGUCAGGUCAUCAUCAGAAAUCUGAAGCUAAGACAGCAGCGUCUAAGGAUACUUAAUAAAACUAGCAGACUAUAUAGCACUAAAUGGCAUGGGAACACCGACGAAUUGUAGAUGAUAAAGACACAAAAAAUAGCGUUUUUUUAUUAACUUUAAAAUGCUUGCUGUGCAGGUGAACCAUAGUCUGAAUAGUUUCAAAAUAAUGUUUUGUGUUCUUCUAAUCUAUAGGUAAUAAACUACCAUGUUUUUAUUUAUAUCACGAUAUAUAAGUAACUUGAGUCCAAAUAUUAUUCGAAAGCUCUAUGCGGUAAGGCAUCCGUUAAAAUAUUCAGCUCACCUCUGGUCCUCGUACUACAUAAUUUAUAUAAAUCCAUAUUAGAACAUAGAGGGAAGGAUGACAAAUUAAAUCCAUUGCAUAAGGCAUCGUUCAUUUUGAGAUAGACUGAGAGCCCUGAACCUACAAGCUCUUGAAAGACGAAGGAGGGGAGAUAUAAUUGAAGUCUGCAAGUGGAAGUGAGAUUUAAACAAAGAAGUUAUAAAUAAGCUGGUAAAAAUAUCAAACCAAGAAAGAACUCGGAACAACGGGUUUAAUUUGGGUAAAUUUAGAUAUGGAAAGAAGUCAGGAAAGUAUUGAUUUAGCAAUAGGGUUAUAAAUUGGUGGAACAAUGUACCAAGUAGAGCCAUUAUAGCCUUAAAAAUAAACGUAAGUAUGAACGAGAAGGUUUGGAUUUGAGAAGUGCCUAUCACGGGCCAGAAGGCCUACUGCAGUACGCCUUCACUCUUUUCAUAUGACUACUGCAGUAGGCCUAUUGGCCUAUUCUAUGCACAUCUUUUUCACGCCUACCCGUUUCUAUUCACCCAUUUGUCUAACGAAUUUUUAAAAUAUCUGACAGAAUAAAAACCGCUUGUUUUUAUUCUGUCACUUAGAAGUUUGUUCCACUCAGGAGUGUAAAAAGUUGCUACACCGGUAUAAUAUACUAGAAGAGGUGAGGAACAAUGUCUUCAAGUUUCUUAUUAGUUUUUAAGUGAUGGGAAGAAGUGGAGGAGAGAAGAGGGACGGGCCAGGUAUAAUGAGAGAUAAACAUAAGAUCAGGUGUGUAUGUGUGUGAGUGGUUUUCAGGUACAAAUUAGAACUAAUUACUAGGUAGGAAGAACCAGGCUACUUCCGAUGUGCCUACAUUAUCAUUUGUGGUAACUUAAAACUGCGAGGCGACUGUGUCCUGGUCAUUCCUGCAUCCGGCCCUGUCACCACUAGCUAUCCGAAGUAUCCCUGUCCGGCCAUGCCACCGCUAGCUAUCCGAAUUAUUUAUACCAGGUCCUCUACCCAUAGCUUUCCGAACCAUUCAUACACCCGGCCCUGCUACUGUUGUAUCCAGCCAUGACACCGCACCCUAUCAGCCCUGUACCCUGCACUGCCAAUACUGUACAUCUGAACUUCCCCUGUAUCCGGCAUUGCCACCGCUGCCCACAUGAAUCCACCCUGUAUCCGGUCCUGUCCAUUCGGACUCUCCCACACACUCUCCAAGGCUACAACAGCAAUUUAAAAAAACACGCAUUAUGCAAAAUGAGGCAAAACCAGGUAUUAUGCAAAGUUCGUGCGACAAUUUUUACAUUGAGCAACAGCCUGAGAAACGGUGGGGAGUGUUUUAUUUUUGUGUACAUGGGAAAAUGGCCACUGUAAUGACAGACCUUAGAAAUGGCAUUCAUAUGACAUUCUACCUCUGACUUUUUUUUUUUCUUUUUUUUUGGCUGUUAGCACAUUUUCUGAAGGACUUGAAAUAUUUUUUUUUAUUUUUUUAUGCAGGAAUGACUUGGACAAUUUUGUUGUAUUGUAACUUAUGGCCUGGCUUCGGUACUAAUAAUUUUUUUGCUGAGAUAAUAAAUUCAUUUAUAUAUAGCAAUGUGAUAAUUAAUGUGAUAAAUACGUUAACAGUACUUAUAAAUUCAUUUGCACUUAGUAAUGUGUUAAACAGUGCGAUAAACACUUAAGAGGGUUGUAAAAUAAGCGUCUUUAAUACUCGGCUUCACAUAUAACAUUAUGCAAUUAAGAGAUAAAAUAUCUUUGAACUCUUUUAAAACAAUUUAUGUUUAUAAGGCAGGCCAUAAAAACAUAUUAGCACGUCCUCCAUUCCUCAGAGCUGUUAUUUACCUUAUCAUUAUAUCAAUCAGCCACCGUACAAAUGUAUUAUGACAAAAGGUUCACUAAAAGCUGCUACGAAUAUUCCUUCUCACGCGCUGUAGAUAAGCCACAUGUAAUUUCCUUCAUUACAAUCUUGGGCACACCUAUGCACGCACAUACGGAGCGUGGGAGGUGAUAGCUGAGCACAAGCACUGUGUGGGACAACUGGUCGACACUCGGGUAUGUGACGAACGUAUGUGAGGGAGCACUCGCCGAUACAAUUGGUUCAUUUUUCUCACUAGCGGGUCUCAUGGGAGUUCCGCGGGCCGGGAGAGAGAGGCGGAGGCUACAGGUGAGGUACCGGAGCCCCUCCUCUCGUUCUGUCGCCUCCACAGCUCGCGCGUUCUUCCCCGCCCUCUGUCACUUCGCUAAUUGUAUCGGUGUGAGCCGGGCGGCCGGACGGGAGUGCCGUGACAUAUCCACCAUAACAUUCACGGAGAAGCCUUGUCUGGUGAUCCUGCAGCGGCUGCAACGGAAGUAGCGGCCGCCUACCACGGCGACGGACCGGAACACAAGACGCCAGCAGUCACCGUCGGACCUCGGCGACAGACACGUCAGGCCAAAUUGGUCCAAGUGUUCCCGUCGUUAACAGAAGACCAAGUGUGGCCAAUAGCGGCUGCAGGCAGACCAAGUGAACCCACUUGAGUGGCGGAUCCAAGAGAGGGGUGGGGGGCCAAUCAUCGGCCGCGCACACACAGUCGUCUUAAGUAAGAAGAGGAUGGGGGAGGGGGGCAUGUUAACCCUUGCCUGGAGGUGCGCAGUGGCAGUGCGCAGGUCACAAACACACAUGGGCCCCGGCCGGCAGUAAAUCAACGCCAAUCAUCGUCUGGCUGUUGGACGAAGCACACGUGAACAGAAGGCCAUCGAUCAGUGCAGUGAGUGAGCCUAGUGAGAGUAGGUUGUAAGGGCAGGUGGUACUGCCCAUUUGCCCUGCCCAGGUGCCCGCCCCUCGGCUCCUGCAGCCGCUGCUGCUCCGUCGUCAGGAGAACUCCACCCCCGGGCCUCAGUGCUUAUCGGAGACUUGUGGCGAUCGGUCGGGUGGUCGGGUCGGGAUGCGCGCACAGCCCGACCAGCCCUGGUGGUUCGUUCUCUCCAUUCAUUAAUCAUGGUGACGUAGCCAGCGCGGGUCACCCGGAACCCUGGUAUUGGUGCUCGCAGAUCACGUGCUAUGCUAAUUAUCAGUGCUAGGAGGAGUCAAAACCAACAGUCCAGGCACUACUCUCAAGUAAUAUUAUUUGGCUCCAAAUCACCAAAAAUUAAUGACGAUGAGUUCGUUUUUGAUGAACUCUGGCCCGUACGUGGACCCCAAAUUCCCACCGCCGGAGGAGUACAGCCAGAACUCUUACAUCCCACCUCAGAGUGACUACUACAACCCUGCCCAGCAUUACUCCUACCAUGGCAUGCACCAGGCCAGCAUGCAGUAUGGCCGCGAGGCUAUGCAAUACAACCAUGCAGGGUACUACCAGCAAGCGUGUGUCAUGCCCCAGCAUCAACCCAUGGCCGCCCACAUCAGCCCACAGCUUGCCCCCUGCCACAGCCCACUGCAACAGCACCAAGUGCCCCCACGCUCCCCAGUGGCAUCGCCAGAUCCCUCUGCGGGUAGUGCGGGCGGGGGAGGCAGCAUGGGGGCGCAGAUGGCGCAGCAUAUGGGUGCUGGGGGCGUGGAAGGCUCCCCCGAGGAGGCGGUCACGGAGCUGGAUGCCAACGGUCAGCCAGUCAUCUACCCCUGGAUGAAGAAGAUCCACGUCGCCGGGUCAGAAGGGGCGGGGACACUGUUUGCUAAUGGGCAGUUCCAGCCUGGGUGCGAACCCAAGAGACAAAGGACGGCCUACACUAGACACCAGAUCCUGGAGCUGGAGAAAGAGUUCCACUUCAACCGAUACCUGACGCGGCGACGGAGGAUAGAGAUCGCUCACUCCCUCUGCCUCUCAGAGCGACAGAUCAAAAUCUGGUUCCAGAACCGGAGGAUGAAGUGGAAAAAGGACAACAAGCUGCCGAACACCAAGAACGUGCGAAGAAAGACUAAUCCAGCAGGUGUGACCACAACAGUUACGCCUAAGAACCAACAGCAGAACCAGAGCCAAACUCAGAACUCGACUCAAAAUACCCCCGCGCAGGAGCAGCAACAGCAUCCUCAGCAGCAACAGACAUCACAACAGCAAGCAGCGCAACAGCAGGCGGCGCAGCAGCAGGGGACGCCGCACCCGGGGGCCGGACAUACUCCUGGAUACCCUCACAUGGG